CGGAUCACACCAACCCAAAAGUUGAGCUAAUUUGAUGAUGAGAUUCCGACUUGAUACCUUUGUUUUGUUUAUUUCAUGUUGUGAGAUUUGUGCUUGGUUUAUAAUAAAAUAUUCAUGUUCUUUAUAUUAGUGCACGCAAAAAAACAUUCGAAAUUUAUAUUAAAAUGAGUUUGUCAAUCAGCUAUCGUUCCUUUUGAGCAUUUUUGAGCAUUUUUUUUGCUGGUAGUGAUAGCGUUUACUUACGCCUCAAGCACAUACUCUACGGCUGCUAGCGUGGGUAAAAUUGGCGACAAAUUAGCUUCGUUUCGUAAAAAGUAUAAUUGAAUAACUCAAAAAUGUCUUGCAAUUACGCUGAGGGGCUAUCUGACUAUAAGAAUAAAGGAGUUUUAGGAAUACCUGAGGUUUUCGAUGAUACAGAUACGGUAGACGAAAAGUGUAAGCAGCUCGCUGAAUGGAUUCAAUCGUCAAAAUAUGUAGUGAUACACACCGGAGCUGGUAUCAGCACUAGUGCCGGAAUUCCUGAUUUUCGUGGGCCCAAAGGUGUUUGGACAUUAGAAGAAAAAGGCGAGAAACCUGUGGUUAACAUUGCAUUUGAAGAGGCUAUUCCAACUGCGACACAUAUGGGAUUGAAAGCAUUAGUGGAAAAGGGCUAUGUUAAAUACAUAGUAAGUCAAAACAUCGAUGGAUUGCAUUUGAGGUCUGGCCUUCAACGGAAACAUUUGGCUGAGCUGCACGGGAACAUGUUUAUUGAGCAAUGUAUCAAAUGUAGACGACAAUAUGUGAGAAGUAAACCUACUCCCACUGUAGGAAAGAAAUUGACCGGCGAGGUUUGCAAAGGAACAAAUAAUUUAAGAGCAUGUCGGGGAGGAAAUUUAAUUGACAAUGUUCUAGACUGGGAACAUGAUUUGCCUGAGAGCGAUCUGGAUUUAGCUUUCAUGCACUCAUCUUUGGCAGAUUUGAAUAUCUGCCUAGGAACAACACUGCAGAUUGUGCCAAGUGGUAAUCUUCCUCUUAGGAAUAAACGAUAUGGUGGGAGAUUAGUCAUCUGUAAUCUACAAACGACAAAGCAUGAUAAAAAAGCAGAUCUUGUUAUUUCAACAUAUGUUGAUACAAUUAUUGAAAAAAUUGCAAAAAGAUUGGGUGUAGAAAUUCCUGCUUAUAUGGAUCAAAUAGAUCCAACCAGAGCCAACCCUUGUUCUCUAGAGUGGACCAUUCCUUUGGGAGAUGUGAAAACACUAGACAAGCAGUACUCCAAAACCAUACGAUUAUUAACGAAGAAUCGCAAGAAGAAUGCAUUAAGUGAUGUAAAAUAUGGACCGGAUGAUUACAAAAUAGAAUCAAAAAAAAUUAAAAAGGAGCUGUCCUUCAGUGCUGAAGCAAAAAGGGAAAACGUAAAGCAGGAAAAUGUCAUUGUUAAAUAUAAUAAAACCAUGAAUAUAUAAUUCACACUUA